CCUUCUUCGGUACGACGUGCAGGGGCGAUGCCCACGGGCUUUUCGAUGGUCGCAUCACACCCUGCUCGAUCAUCAUUUCGAACUCCGCCUUAACCUGCCAGGUGUGCUUUCGAUGUGGUGAACCACGCCGUGUCGAGUCUUCUCCCGUCUGAAAGCCAGUGGGCGGGUUAGGCCGGGAAAUUCAGCAAGGAGUCGGUGAUACGUGGACUCUCCGAUGACUAUCUUGAUCGAUGCUAUCUGCGUCGUGGCCGUGUAUUCUCUCGUCGACCGGUUCGAGGUAGAGCCUAUGAGGCGUUUAUUCCUUAUGUCAACCCACAAUUUGUCGAUAGGUAUUCAGUCAGAAAUAAUAUUUCCUACAAGGAUUACAAAGACGAUUUGUUGUUGAAUAGUAGUAGCGAAGAUUAUGCAUACUCAAGUAGUCAGGCAAGCGCACCAUUUCGGGAUCACCAAAACAGAGGCUAUCAUCAAGAAGGAUUUUUGGUUUAAGGGGCUGCGUGAAAAGGUCGAGCACGUGAUAUUCAACUGUCUUAAUUGUAUCCUAGUCGAACGAAAGUUGGGCAAGCCAGAAGGAUAUUUAAAUCCUUUAGACAAAGGUGACACGCCGUUAGACACUUACCAUGGUUUAUGUGGGCCCUAUGACAGCUACAAAGGAAAGAUAUGUCUACUAAUGCCGCGGAUGUUAUUGACCGAUUGAAGAAACAAGCGACUAUUUUGGGGAACCCAAGACGAAUUAUCUCCGAUCGGGGGACAGCAUUCACGUCCAACGCUUUCCGAGAAUAUUGCGAAGAAGAGAAUAUAUAGCAUUUACUAAUCACGACGGGGGUACCGAGGGGAAAUGGACAAGUAGGUCAACAGGACACUUAUACCAUUGUUAACCAAACUAACUGCCCCUAAGCCCGAUGUUUGGUACAAGCAUGUCGACUAAGUUCAGAAGUACCUAAAUUCUACGAUAAACAGAAGCACGGGAAAAACUCCUUUCCAGCUGCUUGUCGAGCUUGAGAUGCAAACUAGGGAAGAUUCACAAUUCCGAAAAUUAAUUGACGAUGAGUGGAUCGUGGAGUUCGAAGAGCAACGUCGUGAGGACGCAAAAAAGAAGAUCGCUGUCACUCAAGAGGAAAAUCGAAGGCACUACAAUAAAGGAAGAAAAAGUGCGGAACGGUACCUAAGCGGAGAUUUGGUGGCCAUCAAACGAACACAGUUUGGCUCAGGAUUAAAACUCGGGGGAAAAAAUUUUGGCCCGUACCAGGUAGUGCGAGCAAUGCGGAAUGACCGCUACAUUGCGGAGAAAGUAAGGGAGCAUGAAGGGCCUAAACAAAUCUCAACGACCGCCGCUUUCAUGAAGCCGUGGGCGGUAAACACCGAAAGUGACUCAUCCGACGGCAGGGAAAUUGAAGACAAUAUCUGACGGCAGAUGUUACUGCAGGAUGGCCGAGUGUAGUAUCGUGAAAAGGGCCUAAGAGAUAUCUAGUGAAUCAUAAACAAUGUCCCGAGAGCCGAGGCGCCGAUGGAUCCAUCAAUGUGUCGUCGGUCCUUCAAUUGAAUAGUUUCGUAGAAAAGGUCUAUGUGACCCUGACCAUGAGCGGAAAAGACAAAAGAGAUGCAAAGGCAGUUGUUAGUUGAGAAGUCGAAGGGUGCUAAUCAAGAAGUCAGAGAGUGCGAGUUGCGUUGUCGAUAUAGUGUUGUUAGUGUCAUGUAAAAUAAAAAAGAAAUUUAAGAAAGAAAAGAAACUAUUUUUUUUUCGUUUGCAAUACACUUCCGAACUCUAGGCGUGACU